AUGAGCUCUCGCGCACCAUGGCGAUGCUGCGCGCCUAUGAGGAGCCACACCUAUGCUAAUCCACGCAUACACUCGGCACACCAGGCCAAGCACACCCUUGCUCGCCCCGUUCGGAAGCCAGUCGCUCGUCAGGAAAAGAAGCCCGCCGUGCAUAACGAAAUCAUAAACCCACCGCGAUCGACGCGACCGCCUUUACUGGUUAACCCGUCGCGCGAGCAGUUCGAGUCAUACUGGAAAUAUCUGUUUGAAGUCGGCAAAGGGUAUGUGACAUUCUACAAGGAGGGUCUCAAGGCUACGCUGGCCAACCGCAAGCUGGUGAAAGCGAAGCUCGAACGCACACCAAAGGACGACCUACCAUCAAUAUGGAACCCGAAUUUCGUGCCCAAGACAUUCUCGCGAGCGGAUUGGGUGCUUCUGUGGCGGAACCGACAUGAUCUGGCACGACUACCUAUCUUCGGGCUGAUGGUGAUUGUCAUUGGGGAAUUCACGCCACUGGUGGUGAUGCUCUUUGAUGGGCUGGUACCCUACACAUGCCGCAUACCGUCUCAAUUGCUGCAUUCCCAGGAAAGGGCGGAGACGCGUCGUGGCUUGGUGUUCAAUGAAUUCGAUGCGCGAUACCCAGGCGGCGUCUUCGACCCGAAACUGUCCCCUUACGCCGCACGCAACCAGGUCCUGCGGACGCUCUACUUGUCUGGCGACAUGUGGGAGAAAUUGCGCAUCGUGCCGCCGGGUAUGUGGCACAUCAAGGGCAAAUUGCGCCUGGCCUUCCUGGAGGGCGACGACAAGAACCUCAUCAAAGACGGCGGGCCCAUGGACCUUGUCAAUGAAGAGCUGCGCAUUGCAUGCGCCGAGCGUGGCAUCAAUAUCCUGGGCAAAAGCGAGACGGAGCUACGAGGCUGGCUCUCCGACUGGUUGAGGCUGACUGCUGCCGAGGAUGGCGUGGAGAGAAGGCGCCGCAUGACAGUGCUGCUCUUAACGCGACCCGAGCAGUGGCCCCAGACCCGCGAUUUCCCAGUCCCCGAGUGGACUUUAUGA